CACCGAUACCUUUCGUGGAUGCUCGGCUUUAAUCGCAGCAAGGAAUGAAUAUGCUCUUCUCAACUUUCUGCGAUUCUUCUACAAUAAAGCCUUUUCCUGCGUUCACUACUUCGACUCAUUGGAGUCCUUUCAAUCGCUCUUUUCUUGCAGCGUUUCGUGCCUCUGCGAUGGGUGUCAAGUGGAGUAAAACACCAUCGGCUAACAACUCGGGGCAAAGAUCUUUUGGUGAGGUUAGACAAGGGGACCAUAGGAAGCAUAAUGUCUACAGUUGUUCUACGGAAGAACGUGUGCUUGAGGAAGAAGCUCCUCAAGUAUUAGAGACAAGCCCCUCACUGAAAGUUUUCCCUGGUCAUGCAUAUCCAUUAGGAGUAUCAGAACUUGAAAGUGGAAUCAACUUUGCUAUAUUUUCGCAGCAUGCUACCUCUGUUAUACUUUGUUUGUUACUUCCGGAAAGGGGAGAGCAUGAAUUGUUCGAUGGAGGAAUGAUUGAGUUGACUUUGGAUCCCCAAGCGAACAAAACUGGAGAUAUAUGGCACAUAUGUGUUGAGGAUCUUUCUCGGUGCAAUGUCCUCUAUGGUUACCGUAUGGAAGGUCCUCGAGGAUGGCAUCAAGGGCAUCGAUUUGACAGCAGUGUUAUUCUAAUAGAUCCUUAUGCAACAUUGGUUGAAGGUCGUCGAACUUUUGGAGAUAUCAACAAUAAAAUGUCAAAAUAUUUUGGGACUUAUGAUUUCAAUAGCUUUCCAUUCGAUUGGGGAGACAAUUACAAGCUUCCAAAUAUACCAGAGAAAGAUCUUGUUAUAUAUGAAAUGAAUGUUCGUGCUUUUACGGCUGAUGAAUCUAGUGGUCUGGAUCCAAGCAUACGUGGCAGUUACCUUGGUGUAAUUGAGAAGAUACCACACCUUUUAGAGCUUGGCAUCAAUGCUGUGGAAUUGCUGCCUGUCUUUGAGUUUGAUGAGUUGGAGUUCCAGAGGCGCCCAAAUCCUAGAGAUCACUUGGUAAUCUCUCUCUGAAAGAUUUCGGUUUGCUGAUAUGGAAUUAAUCCUUAC